CUCCGUGGCUCGCUGCGGCCUAAAACCCCGUUGCGGGGCCGUCCCUGCGGGCGCGGUGCGGCGCUGCCGUGGUUUGGGCACUGUGGGUGUCCAGGCAGCUGCUGGGGCGAGUGGGUGCGCGUCAGGCCCGGGGGAGCCCAGCCGCGUGUUGGCAAAGCAGACGUGGAGAGCGGUUUUCGGGACAGUGUUUUGGCCUGUCUCAGCGCUGUCCGUGAGGCUGUCUUACGUUUCAUUACCAGUUCGUACAAUACAAAGGGAGUGUGCAGCAGUGCAUGUCAUAUUCCAGUAUGUAAUGAAACAGGAAUCUGAACGCAGUGCUGAUAACUAUGACCAUGCUGAUCUGUCUUUUCAGACAGGCCUGAGAGGUACCCUUCAGAACUACAGCUGGAAAAUACAGCUGAAAUCCAGUAGUACUCUGCCUGUCUCUAAGACCGAAAUAAAAAGCAGCAUGUUCACUGUGAAGAGACUUUUCAGCACUUCACACCCAUCAGUGGAUUCAAAGGAAAUUAAAAAAUUCCAGCUCCUCGCACAUAAGUGGUGGGAUGAAGAAGGAGAAUAUUCAGCCCUUCAUUCUAUGAAUGAUAUUAGAGUGCCAUUUAUUAGAGAUACUCUGUUGAACAUGAGUAGUAAUUAUCAUCUGGGAAAUCCACUUUCUGGAGUAAAGAUUCUCGAUGUUGGCUGCGGUGGUGGACUGCUCAGUGAGCCUUUAGGUAGACUGGGAGCUUCAGUUACUGGAAUUGAUCCUCUGGAGGACAACAUUAGAACAGCAGAUCAGCACAAGUCAUUUGAUCCGGUCCUGGCCAAGAGAAUACAGUACAAGUCCAGUUCACUGGAGGAGAUUGUGGAAGAGUCUAUGGAAACCUUUGAUGUAAUUGUAGCUUCUGAAGUAGUGGAGCAUGUGGCUGACCUUGAAAUGUUUAUCAAGUGUUGCUCUCAGGUGUUAAAGCCUGAAGGUUCCUUAUUCAUUACUACAAUCAAUAAAACACAGCUGUCCUAUGUCCUGGGAAUUGUAGUUGCAGAAAAAAUAAUGGGCAUUGUACCAGAAGGAACACAUGAGUGGGAGAAGUUUGUUCCCCCUGAAGAGCUGGAGCGCCUCCUGGAAUCAAAUGGCUUUUCGGUCAAGACUGUGAAUGGGAUGUUGUAUAAUCCCCUCUCGGGGUCAUGGAGCUGGAUGGAAAGCACGAGCAUUAACUAUGCAAUGCACGCGGUGAAAUCUGGGGCUCGGGGACAGUCAAGCCCAACAGACGCCCUGUCAGAGUUGGAAAGCGAACAGCCCUCAGCCACAGCUGGCACUGCUGUGUGACUGAGAUGUGUGGCGAUGGACUGCCACCAGGAACAGAAAAGAAGGUUUUACCCAGAUGGACAUAAUAAAACCUUUUGUAACAACAAGCUUGCUGUUUGCAUUAAUAAUGCUUAUGCUGGUUUUGGCCAAAUAUUUUAGGGCAGUCUCAGGGGGAAAAAAAAAAAACAACAAUUGACUGUUAUCUCAGGAAUAUUAAAAUCGACAUGAGUAAGGCUUUUAAAGAGAAAGUAUUUUUAUAAGAAA